AUGGGAGAGGAAUUCCUCCAUUCCACUGCUGCAGGAGAUUGGGAGGAGAUUGCGGAUCUGUUGUUUGAAGAGCUAAUUGCCAUGGGAUUCGUUGAGCCCUUCGAAGAAAAGGUCAAAGGAGACUUCAAUGUAUGCUCGGUAAAGCCAGAUAUUCGAUCAGCUUUGCUCAAAAUAGCACAUGCUAGGGGCUUCUUCGAUUCAGAAGGCAACCCCACUGCCAGUUCUCGCAGAGCAUGGUUGGAGAAAACCAAACAAGGGUCAUUACAACAUCUAUCCAAGUUCUCAAAUCACGACAAGCUCCUGACUUUAUUCAAUAUCAACGAGAAUUGCCUCGACUUCCCGAGCCGCUGGUUAUCAAAGACGAAGGACAUCGCAGUGAUUCAUCUGGGAAAUUGGAGCAGUAGUUCCACAGACAACUACAUUGAAGUAGAGUACCCAGAUUUCUUAAAAUAUUUGCACGAUGCAAAACUCCUGAGGUGUUUGAGCCUCAAUGGGAUCUGUGGAAUCACACAGCUUCCAGAUUCCAUUUCCAAAUUAGACCAUCUCAACAUAUUGGACCUGAAAUCUUGCCGGGAUUUGGAGAAGUUGCCCAAGGAGAUAGGUAUGCUCAGAAAGCUAACGCACUUGGACAUGUCCGGCUGUUACCUACUGGACGAAAUGCCUGAGGGACUUGCUUCGCUUUCGGAGCUCCGAGUUCUCAAGGGAUUCAUUAUUUUUAGCUCAAGGAAAGGCACUAAGCAGUGCACACUCGGUGAUUUGGUGAAGUUGGAGAAGUUGAGGAAACUCAGCCUCUCUGCCGACAAAGAGACCACAGGAGAAAAUGGAGAGCUAAACUGCUUAUCAGAGUUUCAAUCAUUGCGAAUAUUAGCAAUAUCGUGGAUUGCACCAAUUCCUGAUCCCCAAUCGAAGCCAAUCGAGAAGCUCAACGGCACGAGUGUGGCGUCCCCAUCGCUUCCUGCUAGCUUAGAGAAAUUAGACUUGAGGUGUUGGCCUUCGUCGUUGAUGCCCAUUUGGAUAAAGCCAAAUGAACUCAACAGCUUGAAGAAACUUUACGUAUGGAUGGUCAAGAUGUGUAGGAAAGCUUUCGCGUAUGCAAAUUAUACAAGCAGAGGUGUCUAA